AUGGACWUGUACAGCGACGAAGAUGAUUGUUUUAGCUUGGUGGGUUUGACACAGCAAACAUUUUCGCAGCAAAGUUAUAUGCCCGAUUUUGACUUGCUUCAGAGCAUUUUCGAAAGUGAGAAUUUAGAGAGCGGUGACCAAAAUAAGGCUACAAAUGAUUGCACAACAACUACGWUAACUGAGCCGUGCGAAAUAUCGGAGACCAAAAAGUCAACCUCAAGCUCUAGCCGUAUUAUAUCCCUUGUAAGUGAUGAGGAAUUGGAGAAGAGAAAAGAUAGUCGAAUUCCUGAGAACACCAAAAUUAAUACAGCAUGGGCAGUUGGUGUGUGGACGUACUGGGCUGAAGAAAGGAACACGAAAGCGAAAGAAGUAGCAAGCAAUGAGAAACUAGUAAACUCAGAUAUCCUGAAAACUACUGCUGCCGAACUGAACUACUGGUUGGCGAAGUUUGUUGUGGAAGUUCGCAAGAAAGGUGAAAAAGGAGAGCUAUAUCCCCCAGCUUCACUAUAUAAUUUAUGUUGUGGACUAAUGCGAUAUCUGCGAAAUAAUGGCUGGCCAGCCCUAAAUAUUUUUGAAGACCCAAACUUCAAACAUUUUCAGGAUUGCCUAGAUUCAGAAAUGAAACGCCUAACACGAUUGGGUCUCGGUGCUAACGUGAAGCAAGCGCAAUCCUUUACAGAGGAUCAGGAAGAUCAACUGUGGAAAUUAAAUCUACUUGGAGACCAGUCACCAAGCGUGUUGCUCAAAACUAUGGUAUUCCUAAUAGGAAGAAACUUUGCACUAAGAAGCGGAAAAGAACACCGUAAUUUAAAGUUCAGUCAACUUAAACUGGAGCCAGCAAAUGAAAAGGAACCAGAAAAGCUUGUGUACGUGUCAUUUGGAGAAAAGAACAAUUUGGGAGGGUUAAAACACCGCAAUGUGAAGCAAAAACGUAUCGAACAUUACGCAAAUGAAGAGAAUCGAGAACGGUGCUUGGUUCAUCUAUAUAAGAAGUAUGUGGAGAAGUGCAGCAAAGAAGCAAUUGCAAAGGAUGCGUUUUACUUGAGUCCACGCCGGAAAUAUAGCGAUUCAGAUCAAGUUUGGUUCACCGCAAAUCCUGUGGGCUACAAUACGUUGUCUGCGACAGUAAAAAACCUCUGCAAAGAUGCUGGAAUAGAAGGGCAUUACACAAAUCACAGCCUCAGAGCGACAACAGCAACCCGUGGUCUGGCUAAAGGAAUCCCAGAUAAGUACAUAAUGGAAAGAACCGGGCAUAGAGAUAUUYGUUCUUUGCAAAGCUAUCAGCGACCCAGUGUUGAAACCAAAGUAGAAAUGUCGAAAGCAUUAGAUCAAUUUAAUUGUAAACCGUCUUUGAAAAGGGCAUGCACGUUAGAAGAGGAUGAAAGGCAGGUAGUCAGUAAGUUCCAGAAGGAUAGUAGUGAGGUUACGUGUGAKG